GGAAGUGGAUUUCUUUUUGACCGGAAACGCGCUUGUAGCUCUACAGUCGCCUAGUAACUACGGAAGCUCGGUACUCUGGCGAGAUUGUUUAAGUUGGCAUAGAUAACAAAAUGGCUGAGCCUGAACCCCCUCACAUUCGGCCCCCAGAGCCCAUCACGAUUGCCGUGCACAGGGCGAGGAAUCUGAAGGGACAGAAGGGAGACACAGUGAAUGCUAUGAUCAAAGUGGAGUUCGGAGAGAGGAGUUUAGGAGAAUCUCCCAAAGUUGACUGUACAGCCGAUACCCCAGCAGAAUUCAACUACAAUGCAGCUCUCAACUGUACAUACGAGGACCCGAUAGUGCUGGAUGAGAUAGCACACAAGCCUGUUGUCUUGACGGUGAUCGAGGUCCUGCCGAAGGAGAGGAAACAGAAGGAGGAGAAGACCAUCUUGCUGGGCCAGUGCACCGUGGAUCUCCUGCCUCUUGUCAAAGGAGAAGUGAAGCAAAAGUACACGCUGAUGGUGAACCCCCUCCCUGGCUCCCCAUUGGAGCAGCUGUCCCCCGAAAGCUUGAGGCCUGAGGUGGACGUGACUAUCUCCGUCAAUGACCCGCUGCUGGACGAGAACCAACUGAAAGAUGGAAAUCUGUUGACCAUCACCAUGGAAACGCUGUACUCUCCUCCCGAGAACUGGCUCCUCACGGGUCAACAAUACUACUACGCUUCCACACUGCCCAUCCCUAUCACAUCGGAGAAGGAGUCGACCAUCGUGUUCCCCCACGGCCAGCUCAAGCCCGGCACAGACAAGGAGAUACCUAACAAACAGAAGAAGUGGGCGUCGCCCGGGCAGGCGCAGGGGAAUUCUAUAUACAUCACUGAUGCGUACGUCUCGGCCGACACGGUGGAGGAUGAAGAUGGGGAGCUGCGGGGCAAGGAGGACCGGGAGCUCCGGGCGGUGUCAGAGAUAGACAAGAACCGCAUCACCUGGAACACGGAGAGACGAUGCUACAUGGAGACCUCGUCUGUCAAGGGCUUCCAAGAUUCCAUUGCCAAGACGCGCUACUGGCCGGUGGAGAUUUUCCGUCUUCCUCAGCCCUCAGGAGGAAAAGGAAAGAAGCAGAACCCUACUCCCUCUCAACAAAAUGUUAAGGAUGAUGAGGGGUCCAUCAGCUUCCAUGGAGUGGCCUUCAUCAACCUGGCGCCGCUCCUAUACCCUGGGGUCCAGCGGAUCCGAGGGGCGUACAAGGUGUAUGCAUACACUGAUCAUCUCCUGCAUGAAAAGACAAAACGCAAGGUGGGAAUUGCUGAAGAGGCUGCAAAGAUGGCGUUCAACAUUCUGAACAGGAGCAGUACAUCCCCCUCCCCAAAGAAAGUUGCCAAGGACAAGGAGGGGGACAAGAAGGAGGUCAAGAAAGGGCGGUCAAAUAGCAUCGUGCCCUCAGGUCAAGGUGACCUGCUCGAGGCGUCACAGACGGUCAAGUCGGACACGGCAUCAGAUGUGGACGGUCAAGCUGUGGUCAAUGUGGAGGGUCAGCAGUAUGUGGACUCCAAGGCCUACAUCAUGCUGGAGAUCAACCUAGAGCGCCCCUUGGUGCCCAAGAGACCACCAGAGGAACUCGCCAAACGAGUGGCGGAACUCAUUCCUCCCCGACCCUUGUUUCCCAAGAGGACAGAUGGAGCUCAAAGGUCAGUGGAGGACUACCACAACCAGAUCACCAGCGUCGCUGGACUCGUCCUGGAGGAGUUCCGAGAACACUUUGGUGACGACCUCAAGGAUCCCCAGACACAGACCAAUGAGGCAAUGGAGGGCAGGAGACAGAAGCUGAUCUAUGAGUUGAACUCCUCGGGGAAAUACUUCGCCUUCAAGGAGCAGCUCAAGCACGCUGUGGUCAAGAUCGUCCGGGAGAAAUAUCUCAAGACAUCAAACUUCGAAGACCGCCAAGAAUUACAGACUUUCCUCAGUGAGCUGUACGUGUACCUAGUGGAUCAGAUGCAUGUGGCUCUGGGUCAAGUCCUUGCUCUCGAGGACCAGCCCCCGGUGCCGGACCCACUCACGGACUCCGCCCAACUCAAACACUUCGCCAGGGAGGCGGAGGUCAAUGAGAACUUUGACCUGGCAGCCAAAUAUUACCAGGAGAGGAUCGCCCGGGAGAAGAACGAUCCUGGCAACUGGUUCGACUACGGCACCUUCUGUCUGUACAUCAACGACAUCACCAAGGCGGAGGAGUGCUUCAAGGAAUGCAUUGCAAUCAACCAGAGACAUCUACCAGGCCUGCUGUUGUAUGGGGUUGUCUGUACGCUGUCCGAGAGGAAUGAAGCGGCCGAGACGUUCUUCGAAGCAGCCACGUGUGUUGAACCCAGGAACAUCCUUGCCUGGACUAUGUUGGGCCUGUACUAUGACUCGGUGAGCAAUGAGAUCGGAGCGGAGAUGGCGUACCUCGAGGCCAACAAGCUGAACCAGGUGGCAGCAGUAGCGACAGCGAGGGCACUUCGGGAGGAAGAGAUGGAGAGAGACAGGGUGGAUGACGAGGAAGAGGAUAUCCCUGAAGAUGAGCCUGUCAGGGAAAUUGAAAACACUGAGGGAGGGUUGUCUAUUCCCAUGAUACCUGAGAUCAAACAGCCGACGCCCACCAGUGACAGGGGGAAUAGCUCUGCCAAGUCCACCAACCGCUUGUCGGAAAAGAGGGCGUCAGCAAUAGGGAAGAAACCAGCACCCCUACCAACAGGCCAGCAGAAGCCCAAGAGUCAGGAGAGUGGGGUCGGGCUUCUCUCACGCCCUGCCAGCCAGCAGAAGAUGGCCAGCCAGCGUGGCACCCCCCAGCCAGCGGAGGACGCCCCCGAGGACAUCCCUCCCCGCGAGCCGACGCCCAUCCCCGCCUCCAGUAUGUACAUGCAGGCUGUGGACUGGCUGCUGGAGGUCAAGGCUGUCCCGUUCACAGAGCGGGCUCUGGGCCACGAGCUGCUGUCCCCGAUGGGGGGACCGACGCCCGGAUACCACAUCGCGCUGGCCAAGCUGAAGCUGCAGAAGAGGGAGUUUGCUGCGGCAGAGGAGCAGCUGAGUGAAGCUCUACAGACGGAACACCAGAACCCCGACGCAUGGGCCUUGAUGGGUCAUGUGAAAUACCUGACCGGUGACACGGAGUCAGCCCGGGACUGCUAUGAACGAACCAUCACGUUUAUUGCCGACGCCUCUGAAAUGCACUCCAUCUACUUGAGACUCGCCUCUGUCUAUCUGCAGGAGGGCAGGUUCCAAGAAGCCAAAAAUACCUUCCUCCUUGCGUGCAAGAAAUCUCCCUCAUGUGUGUCGUGGCUCGGCGUGGGCAUCGCCUGCUUUAGGCUUGGUGAGCUGACUGAAGCAGAGGAUGCACUAUCUGAGGCCAACGUCCUCAAUAACAGUGACCCCGAGGUCUGGGGGUACCUCUCCCUGGUGUGUCUACAGACACAGAGGCAACUGGAGGCGGAGCAGGCAUACAAGUAUGCACUGAAGCUGAGUCUACAGGACAAUGAUCUGUUGAGUGAGAUCCACCAGAUGCAGCAACAUGUUGGAUUUGGGAAUCCCCAGUUUUAAAUCCUCGUCAUUCCUCAUAUCGACUUGCCAACAGAAAUAUGAACAUCAGCCUGUAGUUUUCAGGACGUCCAUUGUACAUUACUACUUAAUUGUUCCAUGCUUUGUGACCUAAUAUUGUGUUAAGGGAUACCAUUUGGUUUAUAUACUCCAUAUUUGAAGAUGAUUUGUUUCGCAUUUCUGAAUCACGUUAACUGCAUGAUUUCAACAACCUGGAUGUUGUGUUGUGCCCUUGAUAAUCGGUUUAAGUAUUACAGCCUUAUGUCUGUAACAAACUGCUUCAUAAGGCCACAAUAAUUUAAAUAUUAGAUUUUAAUCCCCCAAAAUUUAAAACUUUGAGGGGAACCCUUUUAUUGAUUACGUAAUAAUUGUGUAUACACACUGUCAAAUACCAUUACCACGGAUGUAGUCUCAAAAUAGGUCUCCAGCAACCCAUGCUUGCCGUAAAAGGUGACUAUGCUUGUUGUAAGAGGCGACUAACAGGAUUGGGUAGUCACGCUGACUUGGUUGAUGCAUGUCGUCGUAUCCCAAUUGCGUGGAUCGAUGCUCAUGAUGUCAAUCACUGGAUUGUCUGGUCCAGACUUGAUUAUUUACAGACCGCCGUCAUAUAGCUGGAAUAUUGCGGAGUACGGCGUAAAACAACAAAUCACAUGAAGCAUUAAUGUUUAGGACGGUGUAUGUAGUAUGUCUCAUCAAGUAACAAAGGUUUUUUCUUCAUCUGUGGGAGGGGCGGUCGGGUAGCCUAGUGGUUAAAGCGUUCGCUGGUCACGCCGAAGACCCGGGUUAGAUUCCCGACAUGGGUACAAUGUGUGAAGCCCAUUUCUGGUGUCCCCCGCCGUGAUAUUGCUGGAAUAUUGCUAAAAGCGGCAUAAAACCAUAUUCACUCACUCACUUCAUCUGUGGGUACUUGGGAACAGUAAAAUUAUUGAAGGUAAAGUGUUUGGUAGUGAAGCAAAGAUGACUCUCUAAUAAUUUAUUUAUUAUGGCCUAACUACAUUAAUAUCUUAAUUGAUUAUCUUAUAAUAAUAGAUAUACUCAUCAAUAACCAAAUCAACUGUUUGAUUAUUGUAGGAUAUUAUCAGAAAUCAUUUUUUCUUGAUCAUUCUUGAAUUAGCUCAGGCUGAAUCAGUUGCAAAGUGUCACAAAUAUUGUCUAUAUCCCUUAAACACCCCCACACCCCCAGUAUUUCUGUGAUAUUGUAUAUAGAACUGUGUACAUAAUAAAGAAAUCCUUGUUCAUUUUUGUGAAUCAUGUAACAUACAUGUAUGUAAAUAGAUUGUUGACACUUUCUUGAUGAAGAUUUGUUAUGUUAAGAACUUAUCUGUCUGGUAGUAUUAUGUAUUUAUAACUAAUAUUUAUAUGAACCAUGAUAUAAUAAAUGAGUGAAUUAAA